AUGGCGAUCUACGGUCUAUGGGUCAUCAACAAGGCUGGCGGUCUCGUCUAUCAACGUAACUUCGCCGAGGGUCUCGCGCAACUGACAUCGAACGAAUAUCUCGUCUUGGCCGGGACGCUGCACGGUAUCCACGCCAUCACGGCUCGACUGUCCCCCAGUGGACCCAGUUCGGGCGCGACGGUCAUUGAAGCCGAGACGUUUAAGAUGCAUAUUCUGCUCACCGCCACCGGCACGAAAUUCGUCCUCCUCACCUCCCUCGCCGAACUCGCCGCAGACUCCAUCCUGCAGAAAGUAUACGAAGCGUACGGAGACGCGGUGAUGAAGAACCCGUUCCAUACGCCCGAGAUGCCGAUCCGGACGGAGGGCUUCGAUGCGCGGGUGGGGAGUUUGAUUGGGAGCGGACACGUUUGA